CUUUGACGAACAAUCAAAAUGUUACACUUUCAAUACACAUACUUGAAAACGUGAUAUAAUUGAUGUCAAUGAACUUUAGCUGUAUAAAAUUAGUCUGGUUGUAACUAUGACUCGGUCGUUAAUUUUAAAAAACUAUGAGUCUCUGAUUCUCAUCGUUACCGUGUCACUUAUUUUCAACACAAGUGCUAAAAAUCUUACCAAAGAGAUAUGUCGACUGGCAGUACAAGAAGCGCUUUCUAUGGGAUUAAGUUUUCCACAGCCUGAGAAGUUACCAAUAUUUUUGAAUUCAACUACUCAAAGUGAACAACGACAACAGCCGAAUACAGAAAAUCGACAAUUAUCACGAGAUAAUGGUCGUACUAGUAACACAACCACUUCAACAACGGUAGAUGAAAAUUCAAGAAAUGCUAAAGAAUCUUUAUAUUUAUGGCUCUCUGAGACACAACUUAAUCAAUUAUUGGAGUAUAACUUUCUGGAUACAUAUCGAGCUCAUGCUGGUCAAGGUAGAAGUUUAUCCGACUUGACUUGGGAUGCUAAUCAUUCACAAUUAUAUCAUCAAAGUUUGUGUUACUCGUCGGAUAGCGAUUUACCAAAGCAUACAUGUUGUACAUUUCAAAUGGAAUUAGGAUUAUUACAGAAAACUACGGAAGAAUUGCAUCAAAGUUUAUCAACUUACUUAGGACGAUGGCAUAAAGAACUGGCAAAAUUAAGAACUGUUUUAAGAGAUCAAUUAAUUGAAAGUCUUGAAUUAUUAAAAAUUCAAUUAAAUCAAACAUUUUGUUCAUAUGAAUUCAUUAUUAAUAAUCAUUCCAAUGACAAUUCAACAAAUUAUACAUGGAAUUGUUGGUAUCAUAUUAUGGAAUUAAUAUCGAAAUUUCGUUUAAUAUUAGAACAAUCAUUUUUAACACAAGAUGAUAUUAUAUUAGAUUUAAUGUUUCCAGUUGAUAAUUAUUUAAUGCAAUCUCUAUUAGAAACAUCAUGUCAAACUUAUAUGACGGAUUCAAAGAAUAUACAAGCUGAAGAAUUAGAUGAAAAGAUUAAGUGUCAUGAAUAUUGUCAAGCACGAUUAAAUUUAAUCUUCGAUUCAUUAACUGGUCAUUCAGAUUUACCAUCUUUAACUAGAAAAUCAAGAAAUUUAUUUGUCAAUAAAUUAAAUCGUCAUUCAUUAUACCGAUUAAGGAAUCAUGAAAAUAAUCUAAUGAAACAUGAAGAAAGGCGAAUAACAAAAAGUAGAAAUGUAAAAUCAUCGAAUAACAUCAAUAUUCAUAAUACUGAUGAUAAUGAUAUAAAUCAAAUGAAUAAUUUUCUUAUUGAAGCUGAACAAUAUCGAAUGUUAUAUAAACCUGAAUUAGUAUUUACAUUCAGAUUAAAUCGUAAAUUAAUUCAAUCAUUAGAAUUAGGUGAAUCAUUAAUUGAUGGAUUGAAAAAUUUCAAUAUUGCUCAAGGUACAUGUAUGCGAAAAUUAAUGCGUAUGCAUUAUUGUGCAUUAUGCGCUGGUGAAACUUUAACAAGACCAUGUCCUGAAUUAUGUUUAAAAAUUUUAUUAGAUUGUUUAAGACCACUUAGUCAACUUAAUCCACAAUGGUAUCGUUUCACAGAAAUUAUCAAAAGUGUGGCAGAUAUAUUUUUAGAGAAACCACAAUUAAGAUUAGAAAGUCAAUUGGAUGAUUUUCCAGAACAUCUUGUAAAUUAUUAUCAUCAAUUAUUGCAUACCUAUCACAACUGGUUACAACCUCAAUGUUCUGGGAUAAAAAGAUUAUACAAUGUAUUUGAUCAACUUAAAAAUAAUUCCAAAGCUAUAUUUCAACCAUUAAAGAGUAAUAAUACAAAACGUUUAAAACAACAUAAAAAGAUAUUUGAACAAAUGAAAACAACUAUGGAUGAAAUCACAAACAUAUGGUCACGUUCAAGUACAGCAUUGUGCUUAGAAUCACCUUAUCUGGCUUUACUCAAUAGAAGACGUGAUCAAUGCUGGAAUGGAACAACUAUUUCAAGUUUUAAUGAAGAGGAAUGUACAUUUUGUCAACAUGAACCAAAAUUACAAGAAACUAUUGUUACAAGUUCACAAAAUGAAAAUUAUAAUGAGAAGUUAUCACCAAGUCGAAAACAACGAACAUCAUUUAUACCAACGAAUGAUGUACAACAACAAUCAAGUGUCAGUGAAACAGAUGAUCUAUUAUCAGCUUCAAUUGCAUCAACUAACUAUUUAUUGAAUAAUCCAUCAUGGAAUUCUCCAUUACAACAUGAUGUAAGUUAA